AUGAAUCCCCGGGCUGUCAUUAUUUGGCUUUUAAUGUUAUUUCUGGUCACAGAAUCUUCUCACUAUAAAUCCAAGAUCCACAUCCAUAAUGAAGAUAAACUUUACCAUCCUGGAGGGAAACCCAAGACUGAAAAGAUGCAAGAGAAAUGCCAUGGACCUUGUAUCAUCUCUUCUAACUGUAGUCAGCCCUGCACUCAGCAGUUUCAUGGUGAAAUAAGAUUUUCAUGUAAUCAUCACAAGUGGGAAAAAUUAACUGAAACGUGUACAAGCCUUUCUAUGGAAACACUCUUUAAGGAUACAAUUGCUCCAUCAAGCCUUUCUGUAGCAGGACCAUCGAUGCCUCGGAUUCUUGACCUUAAAGCUCCAGAAACUGCCAAAACUGCCAAAGAUGUAGUUGAAGGACUCCAAAAGUAUUGCCCACUUGAUUAUAACUGUAUAACUAAUGAUGUGAAAUCAUCAGAAGCCACAUCUGGAAAUAUUGCAUUUAUAGUGGAGCUAUUAAAAAAUAUUUCUACAAGUUUAUCUAAUAAUGUUACCAGAGAAAAAAUGAAGAGCUAUAGCAAAGUCGCCAAUCACAUCCUCAACCCAGUAGCUCUUUCAAAUUGGUCUUUCAUUCCUGACAAAAAUGCCAGCUCGGAUCUGUUGAACUCAGUGAAUUCUUUUGCAAAGCACCUUCGCAUCCAAAAUGAAUCUGAGAAUAUCGUGGAUGAACGCUUCAUUCAGACAAAAGGAUUUCACAUCCACCAUAAUGCUUCAGAGAAACGUUUGCAUUUCUCCAUGCAUGUGAAUAAUACCUCAAAGGCCAUCUCAGGAAUGAUAGAAAUUCCCACGCACGAGCUACAGAAACUGCCAUCCAAUGCAUCCCAAGUCAUCACCAUAGCGUUUCCCACCUUGGGGACUGUUUUGAAAGAAGCUCAACCACCAAAUGAGACUCUUUCCAAGGCGAUUAAUGGCCUGAUCCUUUCAGUGAUUGUGCCAGAAAGAUUGAAGCAAGUCUUACUCACCUUUGAGAAGAUUAAUACAUCCAGGAAUGUUAAGGCUCAGUGUGUGGGCUGGCACGCAAGUAAAAGGAAGUGGGAGGAGAAUGAAUGUGAAACAAUGUUGGAGAACACAAACCAAGUAAAAUGCCUGUGCAACCAUACCUACACGUUGAUGUCAUUUUCUAUUCUCAUGUCUCCCAAAUCUAUAGAAGACAAAGUCCUGGCCUAUAUUACCUGCAUCGGACUUGGCAUCUCCAUCCUUAGCUUGAUGCUGUGCCUGAUCAUUGAAGCCGUGGUGUGGUCUCGGGUGGUGGCGACAGAGAUAUCAUACAUUCGUCAUGUGUGCAUCGUGAACAUAGCUGUAUCUCUCCUAACCGCCAAUGUGUGCUUCAUUGUCGCAUCUAGUUUAAACAAAGAGGCCGAGGUCUCCAACUGGUGUGUGGUGAUGACAUUUUUCAGCCACUUUUUCUAUCUGUCUCUGUUUUUCUGGAUGUUAUUCAAAGCCCUGCUCAUUAUCUAUGGAAUAUUGGUUGUUUUCCGUAGAAUGAUGAUAUCCCACAUGAUGACCAUUGGCUUUACCAUAGGGUAUGGGUGUCCGCUAGUUAUUGCUGUCAUCACAGUUGCUGUCACAAUGCCAGGAAAAGGCUACAUGAGAUCUGAUGUUUGUUGGCUUAACUGGGACAAUACCAAAGCCCUUUUAGCAUUUGCCAUUCCAGCCUUGGUCAUUGUGGCUGUGAAUCUCUUUGUGGUUUUGGUGGUUGCUGUCACCACUCAGAGACCUUCGAUUGGCAGUUCAAAGUCUCAGGACAUGACCAUAAUUAUGAGGAUCAGCAAAAAUGUUGUCAUCCUUACUCCAUUAUUAGGAUUGACCUGGGGUGUUGGAAUAGCCACUCUGAUGGAAGGUACAUCAUUGACUUUUCAUAUAAUCUUUGCCCUGCUCAAUGCCUUUCAGGGAUUCUUUAUUCUACUUUUUGGAACCAUCAUGGACCACAAGAUAAGAGAUGCUUUGAAGAUGCGGAUGUCUUCACUGAAGGGGAAGUCAAGGGUUGCAGAGAAUGCAUCGUUAAGCCCAACAAAUGUCUCCAAAUUAAUGAAUCGCUGA